ACGCUCUCGUAUAAUACAGUCGAUUCAAAAGUACGUCUAUCAUUAUGAAGUUUAUGUUGAUUUUGUGUUUUGUCGCUGUGGUCGAUUUCUCGAUGGCCGAAAAGGAAACUCAUUCAAGAGGCUGUAGAUAUAUAUUGGGACAAUGCGUAAGUGAAUGUGAGGAGGGCACCCACGCCUACGGAACCGGAUGUGGUUACUUGCAGCCGGAAGCAACCUGUGACAAUCCUAAACCCGAGCUUGAUACUCGCGGCAAGAUCUGCGACUACUCCGCGUGCUACUGCGACGAGCCCACCGUGCGUGAUACUGCUACCGGCAAAUGUGUGCUUCUAGAGGAAUGUACAAUGCAUCUUUGGACACAACUGAGCACUCUCGUACAACACGGUCGAUUCAAAAGCACCUCUACCAUAAUGAAGCUAAUCUUUGUUUUGUGUUUAUUCGCCGUGGUCGGUUUAUCGAUGGCAGAGCCGGUAUCCUACCCAAGAGGCUGUAUUUAUGUUAUGGGAAGAUGCCAUCGUGAAUGCGAGGUAGGCACCCACGCGUACACAACCGGAUGUGGUUUUAAGCAACCGGAAGCAACCUGCGCCAACCCUAAACCCGAGCUUGAUACUCGCGGAAAGAUCUGCGACUACUCCGCGUGCUACUGCGACGAGCCCACCGUGCGUGAUACUGCUACUGGCAAAUGCGUGCCCCUGGAGGAGUGUACUAAGAAAUCAAUAUUGUGAUCUGAACACCUAUUUAGACUUUAAAAUGUAUUAUUGAAAAUUAAAACUGUUUGAAACC